UGUCGAAAAGAAGAAUUUAAUAAAAAGAACGCAUUGCAAAAACGAAAAUUUGCAUUUUAAUUGUAAAAGGAAGCCAAUAUUUAAUAAUAACAAAAAAUAAUAAAAAGAAAAAAGCUAAUAGCAAAAAACAAAAACACUUAUUGCUCUCAAUAAACUUGUAUUACUUUAAUUUUUCACAAAAAAAAACUACAAUGUUUCUCAGUGAUGAUGAUAUGGUCGAGUGUCCCUACAACAAGACGCAUCGCAUGUUGAGGAAACGCUUGCAAUCACAUCUACUGAAAUGUCGUCUUAGCUAUCCCGAUGUGGAAUUACGAAAAUGUCCCUUUAAUAUAACACAUUUAAUACCAGAACCGGAAUUUACGCACCACGCCACUAACUGUCCAGAUCGUAAGUUGAUAACCCAAUAUAAAUAUGAUGCUCCCGAACCAAAAGAAGAGGAGGGACCCAAACAUGCACCCAUCGAGUGUGAUGAGGACUGGGAUGACACGGAUGUUAAUGAUUAUAAUCCAAAAUUAUAUUUGGAAACGGCAAAAAUAAUUAGAAAACCAGAUGGUGCCAAUCCCUCAGAACGUAAAUUGUUUAUCAAGAAGGAACGUAAACGUUUGGGGGAUGGGGAUGAGAGUUCCGAUGAAGAUACUAAAAACGGUGUUAAUAAUGAUGGCGCCAAAGGUCUUAGCCCAAAAUCAAGUAAUUGGAAAACUGACAGAGGACAUGCUGGCCGUAAACGUUCGUCUUCACCUUCAACAUCAUCAUCGUCAUAUGCUAAAGGGCGUUCACGUUCACCAAAAAAUAAAUUCAAUAGAGAACGUUCACGUUCUCCUUUGGGUUUUAGAAGAUCAAACAAAGAUCAUUCGCCACCACGUUCACGACGCAAUGCCUCACCUCCAAAAUCAUUAGGUGUUGGAAAUUCAUAUCUAAAUAAUUCAGGUUGGGGAGCGAACCGCUACAACGUUGGUGGUGGUCCAACUAAUAAUGCUUUUAAUAGUGGCCGUGAUCCUUACUAUAGUGAUCAAAAUAACUCUCAAGCUUACUACGAUCGUAAUACAAUAACAAAUUCUACUACAUCGCAAGUACCUGUUCCACCUAUGAUUUCUUAUCCAGCUCCACGUUCAUAUUUAACUACAAAAACUCCACAGACAAGACCUAAGUAAAAAAAUACGGGUUUUAUAAUAUGUUUUUUUCGCUAUAUUUUUUUAUUCUAAAGUUUAAAAAUUAUUUAGAAAAUGAAUAAAUUUCAUAUUGAAUAUAAAAAUCGUUGACCUUAUUUACGAUUUG